AUGUCAGCUACGUGUCGAACGAAUCCGUUGCAGCAGCUACUCGGAAAAAGCGACCAAAAUAGUAGGUUUCAGGGACCGCAAGCAGGCUCUGCGAGCCAGCAGUUCCGCCAAGACUACAACGGUGGUUCUUCCGAGGCUGCUGAGCGUCAUUUUUUUAAUCACAGAGAAAAUCAAAACGGAUUUCUCAAUCUGCAACAUCCCGCGCCAAUGCUACCGCCAAUGGGUAGCGUAAGAAAGGAGCAUUUUAAAGAAGACUGGGUACAGCAGUUUUCCGCAGUUAGUGUGAAGGAUCCCCUGGAGUUUUGCCGGGACUACCAAGACUCUUACAAAAAUUAUGAAUCAAGACAGUUUGCUCCACACAACCAAUAUCGUGGGUUGGCAAAUGGCGAUCGCCACAUAAACAUGUAUCGCCCUACGAUAGAUGGUCAUUUCGGUACCCUAGCAAGGAAGGAGGAUCAGUUAGUAAAUUCAAUUGCAUUUGAUAAGGAAUUCAAUAAUUUGGAAAAAGAGCUGCUAGGAGGUGACAAAUCUUUUGACAAUUUUGAAGUUUAUGAUAAUGAUGAUAAUUAUAAUGAUAGCGAAGCCUAUAGGCUUGAUGACGAACAAAUCGAAUUUCAAAAAAUAGCUAAUGAUAUAGUCGAUUCUUGUGCCUCCAUAUCGAAGUCUCCAUCGCCCGUCUCUUCAAAACUAUCGGGUUCUAAAUUCAUGGGGUUAAUGAGAGGUAUUAGCGAGGGCUCAAUAACAUUGAAGAAAGGAAAUGAGAGUGCCACAGGAUUUCAUUCUCCUCAAAACGGCGAAACUGUCGGUAAUGAAUAUUUUCCAGUCUUGGAUAGAACGCAUUGA